AUGGAUGAUUCACCUUCAAAAGGUCUCGUUGAGGAAUUGGCGAGCUUCCAUAUCACUUCGCCUCUUCGACACCAAGGUGCAUCUCAGUUGGCAACCGGACGGGGAGUUAAUGUCAAGAAAUAUGUGCCUAAUAACGAUUUUGCAGAUUCAAAGUUUUUUUCGUACCUAGGGGAUUCAAAUUCUAAAAGCUACGUGAAGAAACUGGGAAAUUGGUCAAUGAGCUAUGGCACGGUACAACAAAAGCCUAAAUCUCUUACACAGAAUAAUCCCGAGCUUCUGAGCGAAUCGAACGAUGAUCAACAGAAGUUUCGUGACUUUGAGAAUGUUGAGCCGCCACAAUUUAAACAGUACUUAGAGAACAACAAUGUUCAGAAACAGGGAGUCGCAAAGCACCAUGGCCAGGCCGAACAGAAUUAUCGAGGCCCCGAGUCUGAACUUAUACUUACAGCAUCUUUAAACGAUAUUUCGGGCAUACCCACAAACACGUUCAAAAGGCACAACAAUAAAAAAAGAAUAUCGCCACCAGAUCAUAAUUCAGGGAGCGGGCACGUCAAUAACAACAGUGAUGAGAGAUCGCAAAACGUGGAUCAUGUUGAAAGCUUUAGUGACGAUGAAGAUGAUAUCGAUCCAGCAUUGGAGGCUCGUGGAGUUUUUGAUAACAUUCUAAAAAAACAGAAGUCAAAUUACGAAUUCAAUAGAAAUGAUCCAAUUGAUAUGCAAGUGGGAGAUCUGCAAGAAAAAUACGUAUCAGAUACAGGGUCCUCGUCAUAUCUCGGCGAGACACCGUCGUCUUUAUCUCCCAACGUGGACGGCCAGCAAAACGUGAAGCCUAUUUUUGAAAAGAACAAAAAAGUGCUGGUCGAAAAGAUGGGUUUGAUAAAGCCGGAAGACGUCGGACUCGUAUUCAACAAUAUCGACGGAGUGUGGUAUAAACCAGCUCCAAGAAAUCAAGAUAUUUCGAGCAGCAGAACAACCGACAACACAUUUGGCAAUGAUAAUUCGGACUCGAAGAACUCGAUAACCACCAUGCCAGCAGAAAUACCAAGAGCAACGGCUACGACACGCGCCUUUCCCACAGUCAUAGCAUCAGCAUCCGACAACGUAUCAUCCGGCCGUUCGUCGACCGCAUAUACAACACAGAGCGAGAAUAAUGCAACCGUACGCGAAUUGGCAGCAGAAAAGCACAAAACGCAGAGAACAAUGGCAGCGUCAAGAGCUUCAGAACCUUCGAAAAACAGUGCUCCCAAUCACGAAGUCCUAAGUGACGCAGGCGAAGAACAGGAGGAAGACGACAACUUCGAUGACACGCCCUUGGAUGUGCCACAGAUAAACCCUAGGUUCAUGCCGUUUGACCACCAAAACCGCCUCGCUCCACGUGAUACCGACGCAGCGCCUGACCUCGUCAACAUACCCCACAGACACCACAACAUGAACAAAAAGGAGCUGAUCAAGAUCCUGACCGACGCGAUACCCCGGUCACAAAACGAUUGGUCGCAGGUCAUGGGUCUCGAUCUGAGCCGCAAGGGCCUCACCCAAUUGGACUGUCUGGCUGAGAUGCUACCGAACCUGACGGAUCUGAAACUAUGUGCGAACGAACUGGUCGAUUUCGCCGGCGUGCCGCCGAACGUCAUGGACCUCGACCUGUCGAACAACCAGAUAACUACGAACUAUUGCAGCAAAAGUCUGCCGCGACUGCUCCACCUACAGACGUUGAAUCUGUCCCACAACAGCCUGGACUACAACUUGAAUUUCUUGUCGCCACUGCGACAUCUGUGUGAAGUCGACCUCUCAUUCAACCGAAUAUCCUCCAUCAACGACAAUCUCGGCCUCUCGCGCAUCAAAAAGCUGAAUCUCUCCAACAACGAGAUCGCCGGUACCAUCGAUUUCGAAAAACUUCUGCAGUACCACACCAACGUCUACUGUGACAAAGCCGUCUGCUGGUCUACGGUGCAAGAGUUGGACCUAUCCAACAACCAGAUAACAGGGCUCAGAAACCUCUCAGCCUUGGUGAAUCUCAAACUGCUGAUUCUGGACAACAAUCCGAUAUCCACCGUCACCGACACAAGAUCCAGCGCCUCACUCGAGACGUUGUCGCUAAUAAAUACACAUGCCAAGUUGUCCAGAGUUGACAUUUCCCACUACACACAACUGAAACACCUCAGAAUCGAUCUCCAUCAGCGUGUUUCACAUUUCUGGGAUGAAACAACGUUGCCACCUGAUCUGCAAGCGCUACAUCUGCAAAAUGGCCAAGCGUCGCAGUUACCGCGCCUGUCGACACUCCCUGUCACCUUACAAAACCUGUCCUUGCGGAACGUUCGGGGUUUACGAUCCCUUCCGCGCGAGCUCCCCGCACGAUUACCGUUUCUCAAAACGUUGGAUAUCACGGGAAACGACUUCACCAGCUGGUUUCGGAUCAUCGAACGCAUUCCGACCUUCCAGUUACGUGCAUUGGUCCUUGUUGAUAAUCCCCUUGUCGAUGGUCUGUCGGACCAAGACUCGAAAACAAUCGAUUUGUUAGUGAGGUCAGUGUGUCCCAAGAUGGAGAGGCUCGUUCUGCACGACGCCGCCCCGCUCCUCUCCACUUUUGAACUCUAG